UUGUCUUGGGAGGCAGGACAAAAGUGUAACUUUGGUGGCUCUUAACAACCCCAACAACAACUCUAUUUUCAUUUUUUAAAUCUAUUUAAUACAGUAAUGGGAAACCCGCUUUAUUAAUGUUUUAUAAUGGUGUGGUUUGUUAGUAAUUAAGGGUCAUUAUGGAAGCCUCAUGAAUGAUGUCUGGAGAGGCGAGUGCUGAAGUGUCCGUACCAACAGAUCUGACGGUGACCAGUGAUGGCGAGAGUGAAGAUGGACAUGCUGCAAGCAGAAGACAUGCUCGAGAGCUUCAGAAUUUGGCCUCGGAGAGGGCAGAGCUUCAGCGCAUUGUGCAGAAACAAAAGUUGGAACUACAAAGCAAAGAUGCUCAACUGGCAGCCUUUGCUAGAGAGCAUGAAGCAGCCAUUGCUAAGGCUGUCUCUCAGAAGGAUGACCAGAUUAGCUCCAAGCAGAUACAAGUCAACCGAUUGGAAGGGGAAUUAUCCCUUACAAAAGAGAAGCUGAACACACUUCGAGAGCGAGCUGCACGAGAGUUGGCUCAGUUAACACAGAAGUGUGCAGUCUUCCAGCAGAACCAGAAAAGAUUGGCCAUAAGGCAGGAUGAAUUACGAAACUCUCUUGCAAAUUUGAAGUUAACAGAAGAAGAAUUUGUUCAGCUUCGCCGCACUCCUGUUCAACAGUUAACUCUUCAGCAAUACACUGCACUGCGAGUGUACGAGCUGGUGUGGCCUUUGAGAGUCAAACUCACUGAAGCUGAGGCUCUAAAGUCAUCUUUGGAAAGUACACUCUUGGCAAAAGAGUCUAAUUUAAAAUUACAUAGUGAGCAAUGCCUCAAGUUGCAAAAAACUGUAGAGGAGCUACAGAGAAAAUCCGAGCAAUAUGCUAGUCAACUGAUGACCCUCAAAGAUGAGCAGAGAUCUGAUGAUUAUAAGGUUCGGAAUUAUCCAAGAGUUAAAACUGAGAGAGAUCGUCUGGAAGAGGAAAAGAAUGUGCUUACAAAAAGGGCACAUGAACUGGAAUUAGUGGUUGCAACUUUGAAAAAGGAUCACAGUGUUCUAGAAGAAAAGUAUGGUGAACUUAAGGGCAAAGAAAGAAAACAGGAAUAUGAUUUAAAUCAGCAUAGAGAUGAUGUGGUAAAUCUGAGGACCAAAUUGGAUAAAAUUACAGAAGAUUUAAGCUCUUCAAACAAACAGUUGCAGCUUGAAAGAGAGAGAAAUGAAGACUUGCAUGAGAAAUAUAUAGCCACUCGGGGAAGUGUCACCACCUUAACAGUGAGCUCUGAGGAAUAUCAACAUAACAUUAAGCUGCUUAGAGAGAAGCUUCAGUCAUGUACUUCACAGUGUUCUAGUCUACAGGAGAAGAUCACUCUAUUGUCUGAAAAGAAUGAUGCAUUAUGCACUGAAGUUCAGAGGUCAAAAAUAAAAUAUAAUGCAGAAACACAAGCUCUUGACACUGAAAUUCAAGAAUUAAAAGCAAGUCUGGCAUCACUGUCAAAAAAUAGAGAUAAUUUGCUUGAUGAAAACUCCAAACUUCAUCGAGAAAUUCAAGUUCUGGAAACCUCUUACCAAGAAGUUAAAAGUGCAAGGGAAAAGGAAACAUCAGCCUUAAACCAAGAGCUGCAAAAAGUCAAGAAUAUUUUGACUGGGUAUGAGGGAUUAGAAAUAGAAUAUGAAAAAAAUAUAAAAACUGCUGCAGCACUACCUGAAGCUGAGGCAAAUAAAGCAUUAGACAAAAUGCUUCCCAGUUUAAAGUUAACUGGGAACAAAGCUCUAGAACAAAGUAUUCAGCUUACUAGAAGGGUGCUCUUCUUGGAGCGGCAAAAUACAGAAGCUUGCACUACUGUUAGGAAGCUGUCCGAUGCUUUAGAACACCUCAAGAACACUGUUGCUUCUUACAAGACUGCCAUAACAUUGGCUGGACAGCCCUCUGCAAGUCUUCUCGAGCGUAUCGCAUCCCAGGAUGAUCAGAUAACAACAUUGCAGUCUGCACUUCAACAUAAUUCUGUGAUAAAGAGCACAUUAGAAGAGGAAAAUAAAACACUAACAAGAGAUGUGAUUAAACUUAAACAUGAGCUGGACAGCAUGAUAGAAAAAACAAGUGAAAUAAGUGCAAUAAAACAGCAACUUCAGUGUGUGUUACAAGCUCUGCCGCAAGUGUCACUCAGCCAACCUCAAACAUACUUUAAAGGUAGCCAUGAUAUGUCACACCUUGCUCCUAGGCAAUCAGGAGAUAACACUGGUAGAUCUAAUGAAGAAACAGAUCCACACUCAACCAGAGCCAUUAUUAUUACAGAAGAUAUUAGAAAAGGUAGAUUUUAGUCCUUUUAUAAUUAAGGUAUAAAUAACAAAAUAAGGUAUAUUUUAGAAGUGUUGUUACAGUAAUGGUAAAUUUUAGUCCUCUUCCUACAAUAGGUAGAUUUUAAUCCUCUUCCUACAAUAGGUAGAUUUUAGUCCUCUUCCUACAACAGGCAGAUUUUAGUGUCUUCCUACAAUUGCUGACUUGGACUGAUUUUGUCCCAGGGUGACACAAUUAUGGAAAUCUCCAAAUAAUGGAAAUUGUUAAAUUCUCGUGUGAAAAGGAAAAAAAUCUAGAUCGUAAAGUAAGUCCAGAUUUAAAACAGAUGCUCUUAUUCAUAAAAUCUAGAAUUUUGUUGACUUUAAUAUUCUGAACUGAAGUUUUUGGAAGCUAGUCUCCUAUUUGGCAAGUUUUGAAUGUGGAAAAAGCUUAGAAUUUCAAGUUUAAUAUUUUUGCUUUUGAUAGGAAACUUUGAAAUUUUUCGAAGUACAGAACAGUAUUCAAAUUUAAGAUUUCAGAAAACAUUCUCUCUUACAGUAUGGUAUUAAGAAAAUUUUGAGUUGAAAGGAAGACUUUUUCCAAAAUUUAAGAAUUUUUAGAUAUAGGGGAUUUGGAAGCACAAAAUGAAUUAUAUUUUCCAAAAUUUAGAGAAUUUCAAUUCUUUUUUUUUUGACUGACGAGUUUAAAAUGUAUUACAAUACUGUACUGUUAUGCACUAUUCAGAGUUUAGAUAUCAUGGUGUAUUUAUUAAAAAAUGUCUUUGACUUUGGAGACAAAGCUGUAGCAUUAUCCUGGACCAUUACAGUGUCACUUGAUAAUGUUCCAGGAUGAACCAAAAUAUUGUCUGAAUUUACUGUUCCAAAGUGUGGGAUAUUUGUGAAUUGUUUUAUCAAUGGUAUUGUAACUUAUUCUGUGUCAUGUUAAAUUUUUAAUAAUGCAAGUCCUUGUAGCUAGCAUAUAAAUACCACCAGUGAUUAAUUAUUAUUUAUUUAUUUAAUGACAAUAUAAUACAUAUAGUAUUUUAAUUCUUCUUAACCCGUAAACGGUCCAAGCAGAUAUAUGUUCACAUGUGUAGUGCUACAAAAGUAGAUCUACGUUUUUUUACACAUUUUCAAAUACAGUGGACCCCCGCCUAACGAUCAGCUCCCAAUGCGACCAAUUAUGUAAGUGUAUUUAUGUAAGUGCGUUUGUACGUGUAUGUUUGGGGGUCUGAAAUGGACUAAUCUACUUCACAAUAUUCCUUAUGGGAACAAAUUCGGUCAGUACUGGCACCUGAGCUUAUUGCUUGGGUAGCAUUUGUUCUGCUAGUGGGUUGGAUUUGUGAAGGACCUGCCUAGUAUGGGCCAGCAGGCCUGUUGAAGUGUUCCUACUUUCUUAAGUUCUUAUGUAACAUCACACUUACCAGUAGGGUGAUCGAGGCUAGGACCUUGGGUAGCUUUCAGAAGAGAUUGGACAAAUAUACGAGUGGGAGGAGCUGAGUUUGAUUUGUGUCAUUGGGUAUGGGAGUUGGAAAUAAAUGGUAUAAAAUACUGACACAACGGAAAUAUAAACACAUAUGCAGUAUAAUGUGAUCCUUUAUUGACUACGUUUCGCCCACACAAUGGGCUUUUUCAAGUCACAAACAGAUCUACCUGGGGUGGAAGGGACGCGAGUAUAUUUAUAGUCAGGUUCAGAAUGCUGAGGUCAGGUGGAGAAUGCUGCAUCUGAUGAUGUACCGAGUGGGGUUAUAGAGGCUAAAAUCUUGGGUAGCUUGGAAAUGAGAUUGGAUAAGUUUGUGAGCAGACCUUCUUCAGUGUUCUUCCAUUCCUGUGUUCUUAUGUGGGAUAGCGAUGAAGAAGUUUCUUGGCAAGUGGUUCAGCUAUGUUAUAGAAGCCACUAUUCUGGUUGAAGUUGUCGGAUAUAGAAAUAAGUGAUGAUUCCAGGAUUCUUCGGUAUGGGAGUUAUUUCUUGGGUAGCUUUAGGUAGAGGUUGUUUUGAUAAGGACCUGCCUCGCAUGGGCCAGUAGGCUUUCUGCAGUGUUCCUCCAUUCUUAUGUUCUUAUAAACAAUGGCACACUGGCUGGGAAAGGAGUGUGAGGGGGGCUCGGGGCUGUGUGUACCUGUCCCGGACGAACUACUACAUAUUUACGAGUCAAUGUACGAUUAGCGAGCCCAUGUUUAUGCAAAAAUAUCCCUAUGAUUUCCGAAAUCUACGAUUCUCGAAAACUAUGGUUAUCGAGGGACCACUGUAUAACACAAAAAAAAAGAUCAAAGUUUUUUUACACAUUUUCAAAUGUAAAACAAAAACAAAAAGAAGAUAUACUUUUUUUACAUACUUUCAAAUGUUGAAAAAACGUAUAUAUACGUUUGGACCAUUUACAGGUUAAAGUUGACAUUGUUAGUCCACAUUGUUAGGCAUUGUUGCUAAGACAAUUUUUUUAUAACAUUUGAAAGGUUCUUCAGUGACAUGCAGAACAUUUACAUUCAGUUUAAUAACUCAGAAACAAUAGUAAUAUUUAAAUUCCAAUGAACUAUCAAGGCCUAAGGUUAAGUUUCAGUGUUAUUAUUUAUUAUCUAAAGGUCGUCCUCGAAAGGGUUGGAGAGAGGGGGUAAAGGAGGUUUUGUGGGCAAGGGGCUUGGACUUCCAGCAAGCGUGUGUGAGCGUGUUAGAUAGGAGUGAAUGGAGACGAAUGGUACUUGGGACCUGACGAUCUGUUGGAGUGUGAGCAGGGUAAUAUUUAGUGAAGGGAUUCAGGGAAACCGGUUAUUUUCAUAUAGACGGACUUGAGUCCUGGAAAUGGGAAGUACAAUGCCUGCACUUUAAAGGAGGGGUUUGGGAUAUUGGCAGUUUGGAGGGAUAUGUUGUGUAUCUUUAUACGUAUAUGCUUCUAAACUGUUGUAUUCUGAGCACCUCUGCAAAAACAGUGAUAAUGUGUGAGUGUGGUGAAAGUGUUGAAUGAUGAUGAAGGUAUUUUCUUUUUGGGGAUUUUCUUUCUUUUUUUUUGGGUCACCCUGCCUCGGUGGGAGACGGCCGACUUGUUGAAAAAAAAAAAAAAUUAUACAAGGACUAGUAGGGCAAAAGUAAUGGAAGAAGAGAGUGGCUCAAGCAAGAGAGACAUAGCUGAACAAAGCAGAAUAUACAGGUAAACUAAAUAUAAUUUUUCAAAAUAAUGAGCUUAAUAAAAAAUAAAUAUACAAAAUCU